AUGGAUCAAAACCACAAGCUUGCGAAAGCUACAGGUUUGGUGCUCGCAGAUCCAGAGCAGUAUCGACGCCUUACGGGUCGACUUAUAUAUCUUCUUGCAACCCGUCCUGACCUUGCCUACGCGGUACACAUUCUUUCACAAUUUAUGCAUACACCACAAGAGGAACAUUGGCUUGCUGGCUUGAAAGUGGUUCGUUACUUAAAAGGAACAGUGGGUCAAGGGGUUAUCUUUCGGGCUAACACUGCGUUUUCUUUAACUGGCUGGUGUGAUGCAGAUUGGGGGGCAUGCCCUACAAGUCGACGCUCACUUACUGGUUGGAUUAUACAGUUUGGGGCAUCACCGAUUACUUGGAAAACCAAGAAACAGGAGGGUGUAUCUCUUUCAUCUACUGAAGCAGAGUUUCGAGCAUUGCGUUCUAUCACAAAAGAAGUUAUAUGGUUGAAGGAACUUCUUCGUGAACUGGGACUCCCUCAUGCCGAUGCAGUCACAAUAUGCUGUGACAACAAGUCAGCAAUUCAUCUCAGUGCCAAUCCCAUUCUUCAUGAACAAACAAAACAUAUGGGUAUCAUUUGUUCGUUCGUUCGUCACGAAAUAGCCAAAGGUGUUAUCAAAGUGACUUACGUUCCCACUACAGAGCAGUUUGCCGACAUUCUAACCAAAGCAUUAGGACGUAAGGAGUUCAAUACAUUUCUUCUCAAGUUAGGCAUUUACAAUAUCCAUGCUCCAACUUGA